GGGACCGUCCUCGUCGACCUGUUGUCCUGCCGGGCUUGGGCUUGGCGCGCUUCACGGGGCAGGACGUGGUGGUCGUCGCCGUGCUGGUGGCCGCGGCCAUAUGGGCCGUGCGCGUCGCCAGUGUCGCCAGCGGCUGCAGCAGUGACAACCUCGGCUAGGAGGACAAGCUGGCGCCGCGCGAGACAGGGGCCGUCGCGGCGACUCCCGCAGGAAUGGAGCCUGAAUGCUACCAACUGAAAUGGCACAGCUUCGAGGCGCACAUGCAGGCGUGCGUGGCCACGCUGCUGCACUCCGAGACCUUCGCCGACGUGGUGCUCAGCACGGCGGACGGCCGACACAUCUCCGGCCACCGCUUCGUCCUGGCUGCCAGUUCGACGUACCUGCAGCGGCUGCUGGGCGCCGGGUCCAUGGUGGCGCACAACCACCUGCCCGUCGUGGUGAUCCUGCCGCCGGAGGUGUCGUACCACGCGCUGUGCGUGCUCAUCAAGUACAUGUACAGCGGAGAGGCCACCGUCCCGAACUCGCAACUCAACGCUGUGCUCAGGGCGGGCGACAUACUCAAGGUGCGCGGGCUAUGGAGGCCUGGCGCCAGCCAGCACGGCAGCAGCAGCAGUCGCCCCCACCACCUGGUGCAGGCCAUGAAGGGCUACAUGCGCCGCAGCGCCCCCCGCUCCGAUGAGUACGCGGCGGCCUCGGCGGCGGGCAUGGCCGUGCACCGCCACUUCAUGGACCCCGCGUCCGCGGCCUCGGCCUCGGCCGCCACGGCGGCCCCCGCCGACCAUUCGCCCCACGACGCCAGGGACGCCAGGGACGCCAGGGGCGGUGGCCCGCCCGAGCAGGUCCUGGACGAGCGGAUGCAAGAGGCCGAGGACGCCGCGGUAGCCGAGAGCGUCGGCGGCACUGUCAUGAAGGUGGAAGGUGCCGAGGAGCGAACCGAGGGCCUCGCCGACCACGCCAACAAGGCCGCCGACCGGCCGGCCGAGGCCGCCGCCGACGAGGAGGUCCCGGACGACGCCAAGCAGACCACCAGCCAGGAGGCGAAGCCCGACGCCAGCAAGCCGGCGAGGAAGAGGCCGGAGAGGGACCGCGACGACGACCUGGCAGACACGCGCACCAUCCUGGACGGCAUCGGCGCGCUGGCCAACCUCGUCGUCGGCGAGAUGAGGAUCAAGGAGGAGCCCAUCGAGUGGGACAUGGAGUCCGAGGUGCGGGAGGCGCUCAUGGAGGACGCGCACGAGCCUAACGAGGUGCCCGCGGAGCUGCGCGUCAAGCCGGAGGCGGUGGAGACCGGCAGCGUGGAGAUGAUGUUCUCGCCCCUCAAGUGCGAGCUGUGCAACGUGACCUUCUUCAGCCCGGGGCACUGGGUGCGGCACGCCGAGCAGGAGCACGGCGAGCUGCGGCGCCGGCCGCGAAGGAGGACGCCGAAGGGCCGCCAGUCCUCGCACGACUCCGACCGGUCUGGCCAGUCGGCGCAGUCGAUCAGCACGUCCAGCGAGCGGACUAACUCCGGGCCGUCGGGCCGCGGGCCGUACGCGCAGCUCGUGUGCGAGGUGUGCAAGGAGGCGUUCACGUCGCCGGCACUGUGGGCCCGGCAUCUGCAGACCAGCCACACCGACGAGGAGCUGGCCGUGCACAACAGGGCCAGCAGACACGCCCAGCACCCCCAGAGCCGACAGCGACCCCACCAACCGCAGCAGCCCCAGCAGCCGCAGCAACCCCAGCACCGGGACGACAGCCCGCACCUCGCGCACCACCGGUCCGACGGCCUCCACGGCCACCGCGGCCCCAGCCACCACAGCUACCACGGACCUGGCUACCAGGGAGGCAGCCACCGUGGAAGCAGCCACCACGGCGGCAGUCACCACGGCGGCAGCCACCACGGCAGCAGCAGCAGCGGCCACAAGCAGAUCAAGUGUUACCCCACCUUGCGGCCUGUGCCGGGCAACGUCAUGUCUGAAAUGCAUCGUCUCGACACGCGAGUCAGGGCGGCCCUGAAGCGGUGCGGCCUCUGCUCCAAGGCCUUCCUCUCCAAGGCGUCCCUGCAGAUCCACCGGCGCACGCACACUGGCGAGCGCCCCUUCGUCUGCCAGCGCUGCGGCUACGGCUUCAGCGUCAAGAGCAACCUGGUGCGGCACAUCCGGACGCUGCACCAGGGCGACGACGCCCCGCCCAUGCCGCCGACGCCGCCGGAUGACCGGCACGCCAGCCUCAUACGUUCAUGUAAAGUUGUUAGAGUUCAGUAG